GGAUCAUUGUGAUGAUUGAGGUGACAGGAGUCUGCAUGGCACAGACAGUUGCUCAAUGAAUGUCUGUUACCUUCCCGUGAAAAGCUGUAAAUAUGUCUGACAAGAGCCAGGUAGCUGCCAGAGCUUCCCUUAUUGAGCAACUGAUGUCUAAAAGGAAUUUUGAAGAUCUUGGCAACCACCUUACUGAGCUAGAAAUGAUUUAUGUGACUAAGGAGCAUCUCCAGGAGACAGAUGUAGUCAGAGCUGUGUACAGAGUCCUCAAAAACUGCCCCUCAGUGGCUUUGAAAAAGAAAGCCAAGUGUUUGUUGUCAAAGUGGAAAGCUCUUUAUAAAGAUACUCCCUUCAAAGCAAGGAACAGUCCUAAAUUAUUCCCUACGAGUAGUAGUAAAGAAGAAAAUUCAGGACUUUCUUAUGACCCAAGUCAGGAUGAGAUACUGGAUGCCUGCAAUUCUAAUUCUGUGCCAUUGUCCCAAGAGGUUGCAAAACUCAGUAAAAUUAUUGUGCCUGAAAAUAGUGCUAUUCAAGUGGAGCCUAAGGAAGAGCAUUUUGGGGGUGGUGACUCUAAAUCCACUGGCAAAGGAUCAAGUGAAUUGCUGGAUCCCACAACGCCCGUGAGAACUAAAUGCAUGGAGCUUCUUUAUGCAGCUUUAACUAGUUCUUCCACCGACCAUACAAAAGAUGAUUUGUGGCAAAACUUUGCAAGAGAAAUCGAAGAGCAUGUUUUUACUCUUUAUUCAAAGAACAUCAAAAAAUAUAAAACUUGUAUCAGAAGCAAAGUUGCCAAUUUGAAGAACCCCAGAAAUUCUCAUUUACAACAAAACUUGCUCUCUGGGACCAUGUCUCCAAGAGAGUUUGCUGAAAUGACUGUCAUGGAGAUGGCAAACAAGGAACUGAAGCAGUUGAGAGCUUCCUACACGGAAUCUUGUAUCCAUGAACAUUACCUUCCCCAAGUGAUGGAUGGCACACAGACAAACAAAAUAAAAUGCAGGCGCUGUGAGAAAUGCAAUUGCAAGGUCACUGUAAUCGCCAGAGGAACACUUUUUCUUCCAAGUUGGGUGCGGAAUUCAAACCCAGAUGAACAAAUGAUGACCUAUGUAAUUUGUAAUGAAUGUGGGAAACAGUGGUACCAUAGCAAGUGGGUGUGCUUUGAGUGA